CCGACGCCUUCUACGGUCACUUCGCCCUGAACGCGCCUUUCUCCGCUGACGUCAACCGUCCACGCGGCCGCCGCGUGCGUCCUCCACGUGGCAACCCUGGGUGACGUGUUGGCCGAGCUGGUCGCGGAGUGCCGGGACACGCCCCAGGCUGACGACACUCUGUUGCUCAGAGGGGAAGGGAGGAGACGUUUUUGCAUUAGCCGUUGAGAGGUUGGAGCAGAAGACGUUGACAGGCAAGGAGCGAUCCAUGAAGGUUCCGCGGAGGUGACAACGAAACUGUCAAGAAUGCGCUGGCGCAAGGCGGCCGCUUGUGCUGCGGGGCUGAAAGCAGGUUAUUGCCAAAACCGCAGCCCGCAAAAUGCACCCACCGACCGGCGGCCGCGCGCCCCGCUGGCAAGCUGUCGCUGAUCGACCUGACCGGGACUCAAGUGCGCGCCCGCGGCGUACGCGCUCCCGGUGCGCAUCCUUGAGGGGCGCGGACAUGAAGGAAAGCCUGCUCGCGCUCCGCAGCUGCAAGCAACGCUUGUCGAUGGGAAGGGCCACCUGCCUUUCGGCAACAGCACGCUCAUCGUCAGAGCUUGACUCAAGAACUGGCUGGCCGGCGGCGCGUCAGACCGCAAUGAUGGCAAAUAUCAGCCCCACGCACCACCACGCACCAGCACCUGAGCGGACACCCAGGAAACGCUCCAUUGGACGGACCGCGCCAAGGAGACUCGGGCCAAGGCCCCCGAACCACUGAGCAUGCGACAAUGUCCUCCCAACCGCCGAGGAUCGCAGUCACAACGUCUCGUUCAGGGAGCAGCCUGCGCGCACAACGAUAUAAUUAAGUGCGGCCCGUUUAUGGCCGGAUGCUCCGCGGUACGAGCAGGGAGGCCUUCCUCACGUGCAAGCCUCAUCAAUGCCUGGGGGACAACCACCGAUGACGGCUACACCAGAAGCUGUGGAUGCACCAACCACAAAGAAGCGUGGCCGCCCUGCGGGCAGCAAGAGCACAAAGACCCCAGCGACCAAGAAGAA